UAUGCUUUCAUAUUCAUUUCUUUAACCUUCUCUCUCAGACACAGACACGCAGCUAAGCUUCCCAUCUGAAAGGAGUUUCAUGUCCUGAAGGACCAUAACCUCUCUCUCUCUAAUAACAAAUAAAAAACACAGAAGAUAGAGAGAGAGAAAGUAUGGCUCACAUAAAGAUCUAACAGAGACAGUAGUCCCACUUCCCCACCACAGCCAUCUUCGAUCAUCAUCAAUGGAUCCUGAUCCGGAUCAUAACCCGAAUCAUCAUAGACCAAACUUCCCUCUCCAGCUUCUUGAUUCUUCUUCCUAUUCUUCCACUUCCUUAGCCAUCAUCCCAUCAGCUUCUUCUUCCGAACCUAACUCCGAACCUAACGCCCUCUCCAAGAAACCGCCCCCAAAGCGAACCUCAACUAAGGACAGACACACCAAAGUCGAAGGACGAGGCCGUCGGAUCCGUAUGCCUGCCAUGUGCGCCGCACGUGUCUUUCAGCUCACACGUGAGCUAGGUCAUAAGUCCGACGGUGAAACCAUCGAGUGGCUUCUCCAGCAAGCCGAGCCGGCGGUUAUAGCCGCUACAGGGACUGGAACCAUUCCGGCUAACUUCGCUUCUCUUAAUAUCUCACUUCGCAGCUCAAGAUCUUCUCUUUCCGCUGCUCAUCUUCGUACAGCUCCAGGCAGCUAUUACUUUCACUCGCCUACGAUGGCUCAUCCUCAUCAGGUGCGUCCCAAGCACGAGUCGCAUUCCUCUUCUUCUUCGCAGCUUUUAGACCACAACCAGAUGGGGAACUAUUUAGUUCAAUCAACGGCUGGAUCUUUGCCAACGAGUCAGACUCCUACUACGGCACCGUUUUGGAGUAGUGGUGACAGUACGCAGAAUCUUUGGGCUUUUAAUAUCAACCCUCAUCAUUCGGGUGAAGUUUACAACACGAGCGGUGGUGGCGGUGGAGGAGGCGGAGCAGGAGGAGGAGGAGUACAUCUGAUGAAUUUUGCAGCUCCUAUUGCUUUGUUUUCUGGACAGCCUUUGGCGUCUGGUUACGGAGGAGGAGGUGGAGAUCAUAACCAUUACGGAGUUUUAGCGGCGUUGAACGCUGCUUACCGGCCGGUUCAGGAGACGGCGAGCCAGCAAAACCGCGAAGGAGAUCAUCAUUACAGCCAUCAAGAAGAUGGAAGCACGAGUCAUCAUUCCUAGGCAAAAAACACACACACAAACAAUAUAUCUGUGAGAUUUAUUUUUAUUUUUGUUCUUUCGUUUGUUUGAUUGUUUUUAAACAAGCGUGAUUUUUUUUUUUUGCAUUGCUUCUUUAUAUUUUUCUUUAUAAAUUAUAAUAUCCAACGAAUGCUGCUCAGGUUCCUUUCGUCUUCCGAUUAGUUAAUGUAUUAAGUAAGAACGUGAUUAUUCGAUAUAUGUAUGUGGUUUUUGAAACCAAGUUUGGUUUUGAUUUUUUCAAAAGGGUUUAGCCUCAA